UACGUUUUUUUAAUCGUCCUUCCAGUUUAGCUUCUUCUCGGUUUCGGUCAAUCUCUACACCUGACCACCGGUCUCUUACAUUUAUCACUUCACAACCGCAUAUAACAUGGAUGAUUUUGACAUGCUAAACACACAUUCUGCUGGGAACGGCUUGGGGUCGGAGGAGGACCCUGCUGCAGCGUUCUUGGCCCAGCAAGAGAGCGAAAUCGCCGGCAUUGAAAACGACGAAGGCUUCAGCAUCCUAGAUAGUGGAGAAGUCCCCUCGUCGCUUACCAAUGAUGGUGCCGUCAACGGAGAGUUCAAUGGGGAAAGCAAUGGUCCAACAGAUGCCUAUGCUGCAAUCUCCAAUGCUGACCGGCUCCAGGCUGAACCUGAAAGUCUACGUAAAUGGAGAGAGGAGCAAAGCGAAAGGCUUGAGGUGCUGGAUGCCAAUUCACGUCAGCAGGAGUCCGAGUGGAAGGAGAAGGCCAAGUUAGAGCUGGACGAGUGGCAUUCCAGGCAGAACGAGCAGUUGGAAAAAACCAAAACCAACAACAGGGUGUUGGAUGAAGACUUCUACAAGCAGCCCUUCUCUGAGCUCAUUGGUUAUGUCACACACAUUAACCAUCCUUGCUACCGCCUAGACCAGGCGGCCGAGGAGGCUAUGAUAUCUGAUCUAGAUGAGAACAACCCCGGCACAGAGUGGGAGCGGGUGGCGCGGCUGUGCGACUUCAACCCCAAGUCCAGCAAGCAGGCCAAAGACGUGUCCCGCAUGCGCUCCGUCCUCAUUUCCCUGAAGCAGUCUCCGCUCGUCCGUUAAGCGACGACGGGGCCGCACCAAGCAUCAUUCCAUUCUCUCCUGAAAUACCACACACACACACCAACACAACACAACGACCAGUGUUGCACCUUGAGUAUUUUUUCAAAUCAUGUCCAGGCUGUGGAGAUUAUCCAUGAGGCACCAGCUCCCCAUCCUCUAACCUGAAGGUUUCCACCCGUGUGGUACAGAUCCCUCACUACGAACUGCUCUUUCCUGAAGUAUAAAUGAAUGAAGACCUGGUAGACCCUCGUUAUGCAUUAAUAAAACUAGUAUCAUAUGGUGGUCAGUUGUCUUGUGUGAACAGGUAGUAGGGUGGUAGUUUGACACAUUCAAGGGAAGGGUUAACGUUUGUUUGGGUCUAUCGCUACAGUACAGGCUGUUUGUCAUGUAUCAUUACCAUAAAGCUGUACUCUGACUGUUCACCUCAACGUUUUUCACCCGUCACCAUUCAGUCAUCCAGUAGAACACCUCAUGUUUACCCGUUCUGUCUAAAGGAUAGAAGAAUUCCUGUUGUUUUAAAGGACCAAACAAAUCUGUAGUCAUUUGAACUGUGUGUGUGUGUGUGCGCGUGUGUAGAGCCUGCGUGUGGCAUGUGGUGUUAAAUUUUCAAUCUAUGCAUUUCUUUAUGAAAUCCUCCCUCUACAGGAUUUCAACAAAGUCCAGUCAUUACAGUAUACAGUAUGUGACCUGUUAGAGUUUAUCCUUUCACCUCAGCAGUGUGUGUAUGUACCCUAUGUGUACUUUUGUACAUAUACAGAAGGCAAUAUAUAUACAGAAUAUAAAAAAAAACAUUUAUGUGACUGAAUUGAGACAGUUGUGGUUUAAAAGAAAGUUAAUAGCCGGCUGUUCCUUCACCAUGUGUGUGCAUUGUCCUUUUGAUUUCAAUAUCAGUAAAGAAAAACAACAAAUAAAA